AUGCAUAGUGCCACAUAAGAAGAAUUAAAAUCGAGGGCAAAAUAGAAUGAGAUAUCAUCUGGAGAAGAAGAAUUGCUAUCUGAUUCUGGGGAUGAAUGCGAUCCUGAAAAUUACAAUUUUUAUAUGUCCCAAAUUGACUUUGCUGCUUUAGCCAAUGGAAUUAGUUAAGAUGAUUAAAAAGGAUAGGAAAUUAAUUUAAGAGAAAGAGUUAGCACCCAAUAACUGAGAUAAGAAGUCAAUUAAGUGAAUCAACAUAUCAGUGGAAAUCAUUAGAAUAUAACGAGUGUUCCGAAUCCGAUUAAGUUACUGGUUUCCAAAUAGAAAAGAAGAUAUAAUUACAAUGGAUUUAAUUUAGAUUUAACAUAUAUCACUGAAAAAAUUAUAGCCAUGGGAUUCCCUGCAGAAAAUAUAGAAUCGAUAUACAGAAAUUCAAUGUAGGAUGUUAGAAGAUUUUUUGAUUCAGUGCAUCCAGGACAUUAUAAAGUAUACAAUCUUUGUGAAGAAAGAAAAUAUGAUCAUUCAAAUUUUAAUUAGGUAGCAGAGUUUCCGUUCCAAGAUCAUCAAGCACCUACAUUCUCUCUUAUAUACGAAUUCUGCCUUGAUUUAGAUAAUUGGCUUAAAACACAUGAAAAAAAUGUAGCAGGCAUCCAUUGCAAAGCUGGAAAAGGUCGUACUGGUGUCAUGAUAUGCUGUUAUAUGCUUUAUGCAAAAUAAUUUACUAAUGCCUAUGAUUCAAUGAGAUAUUAUGGAAUGAUAAGGACAAAAAAUAAGAAAGGAGUUACCAUCCCCUCUCAAAUCAGAUAUAUUUUUUAUUUUGAAAAAGCUCUCAAUAAUAGGUGGGUUCCUGACAAUAUGCCAAAUAAACAAGUUGAAUUAGUCAAAAUUAGAUUGAUUCCAGUACCAAAUGUUUAAGUCUUUGGAGGUUGUGCUCCUUGGUUUAGAAUUUAAAAUAAAGACAAAGAAUACAAUUCUAAAAAUUAAUUCCCUGUUAAAGAAUAUAAGUUAGAACCAUAUAUUGAAUUCAAACUCAAGGAUAUUAUACUAUAAGGAGAUGUUCUUUUACAAUUUUUAAAUUAAGGAUUUUGGUCUAGAAGUGAGAAACUUUUCCAAGCUUGGUUUAAUUGUGAUUUCUUCGAUUAUACGGGUGUCCUAAUGAUUGAUAAAUUUAUGUUGGAUAAAGCCUGCAAAGACAAAUCUGGUAAAACCUUUUAAAAAGAUUUUAGAAUUGAAUUACAUGUUGUGGAAGUUAAUUAGGAUAGUAAGUCACUAUAAUCAGUUUAUAAUAAUACAAUUAAUUAAAUUACUCAUAAAAACUUUGGAUUUUGA